AUGGAGAUGAUCUUCUUCUUCACUUAUCCUCUCUUCUUCACUAUCUCCCUUGCCCUCUUACUCCCACCAAAUGGGCCCAGGCCCAGGCCCAUGCCGACCUUCGACCUUACCACGGACCAACACGCACUCCUCGCCUUCCGAAACUCCAUCUUCUUGGACCCCCACGCGGCCCUAACCGCAAACUGGUCCGCGAGCUCCUCCCCGUGCCACUGGGCUGGUGUCUCGUGCGGCCCAAAACACCAACGGGUCACGGGCCUCGCCAUUUCGGGCCUCGAGCUUGCGGGCCCACUCGACCCGCACCUAGGGAACCUGACCUUCCUCCGGACCUUGGACCUCAGCUCCAACAACUUCACGGGCCCCAUGCGGCCCGAGAUUUUCUCCAACUUGCGCCGGCUCGUAACGCUUAACCUAUCGAGCAAUCAGUUAUUGGGGUCCGUACCGAGCGGUUUGUUCAACGUCUCGUCAUUGGUCGAGACAAUCGACAUGAGAGGCAACAUGCUGACGGGCGAGCUCCCGAGCGAUGUGUGCGGAGAUUUUCCGAGUCUCAAGACGUUGUAUCUGUCGAGAAACGGGCUCGAAGGGGGGAUUCCGGCGAAUAUUUCCAAGUGUAGAGGGCUUGAGGAGCUGAAUUUGGCCGGAAAUAACUUCAGGGGCAAAAUACCAAGUGGUGUUUGGAGCUUGCCCAAGCUUAGGCUUUUGGCUCUUUAUGAUAACCAACUCCAAGGUGUUAUACCAUCUUUUAUAUUCAAUAUUUCCACAUUGACAAUCAUUGACCUCUCCUCCAAUUAUCUAUCUGCAAAUAUCCCAACAGAGGCUCCCUACAAUCUACCUCACAUUUCUGAAUUGUACCUUUACAAAAACAACUUGACAGGUAUUUUCAAUCACUUACUCAAGCGUGACAUACCAAAACAAUUUGGGAAUCUCACUUCCCUGAUAUAUUUGGAUUUUGCUUCUAAUUUGUUGACAGGUGAAUUACCGGAGGAGCUUGGUAACCUAGCUAGCCUCGAUUUGUUCUCGGCGCCCUACAACCGCCUGUCGGGUCCCAUCCCGCCUUCCCUAUUCAAUAUAUCGGCCAUGACGACACUCUACCUACAACAGAAUCUUCUUUCUGGCAGUCUCCCUCCUGGCGUUAUUCCUCCGUUUUCCCGCCUUCAAAAACUUAUCAUACACUUCAACAAGCUCACAGGCCCAAUCCCGAGCUCCAUCGCCAAUGCCUCGACCCUCAUCAAACUUGAGCUCAACAAAAACUGGUUCAGCGGGCCUGUGCCCGACUUCAGCAGCCUCGUGAACCUUGAAGCCCUUCGUCUUUGGGAGAACAACUUAACCGCCACCCGGGAACUCACGUUUAUAUCCUCAUUGUCUGGCUGCCGAAAGCUUGAGAUUCUCGAGAUAUCCAACAAUCAAUUCGAAGGUGCCCUCCCAUCCUCAGUCGGGAAUCUAUCUGCUUCCCUCGUUAGGUUCAUUGCGGCGGACUGCAAGAUCGUCGGCCCCAUCCCCGAUGAGUUUGGAAACUUAAAAAAUCUACAAGUCCUGGAAUUGUCCGAGAAUCGGCUCACGGGAUUAAUCCCGGAAGCAAUAGGAGGACUGAGUCAGCUCUACGCGCUGUCGCUCGGGGGAAAUCGACUGCACGGCCAUAUCCCUUCCGAUCUUUGCAGAUUGCGCCGUUUGGGGGAGUUGUACUUGCAAGACAACGCGCUCGUGGGUCCGGUCCCUGAUUGCUUGGGCCAACUCAAGUCUCUAACCAUAGCUCAUUUAUAUUCGAACGAGUUCAACUCGACGAUACCUCCCAGCUUGUGGAAUCUCGUCGACCUCCGUGUUCUAGACCUGUCCCGAAACUCGUUAACCGGCGAGUUGUCGCCUCUGGUUGGGAGCCUAAAGGUGCUCGGCAACCUUGACCUAUCGUCCAACCAACUCACGGGCGAUAUCCCAAGCUCGAUAAGCGAUUGCCACUCACUCGAUUUCCUUUCCCUAUCAAAUAAUAACUUCCGAGGAACCAUCCCCGAAUCGUUGGGCGAAAACCUUAGAGGACUCACAACAUUGGAUCUGUCUAACAACAGUCUCUCCGGCUUGAUACCCGAGUCGUUACUAGGCAUUCGUUUCCUCCACAAACUCAACCUCUCCUACAACAUGCUAAGCGGCAAGAUCCCGGACGAGGGGCCUUUCUGUAAUUUCACCGCCACGUCGUUCGCUCACAACUCCGCUUUAUGCGGGCCCGCGAGAUUUGGAGUGUCGCCCUGCGGCCCGUCGAGAAAAUCGCGGAGAACGAGUCUGACGGUUAUAAAAUACGCCUUGCCCUCGUUUGCCGCCGCAGCUAUUGUCGCGGCCGUCGCCGCAAUUCUGCUGACACGGCGGCGACGCGGGAGGACAAAGGCGGUGCUUCGAGCCCCAGCGGACGGGAUUCCGAUCAAGGCCGUGUAUAGAAGGAUCUCGUACCGCGAGCUCCAGCGCGGCACGAGCUCGUUUAGCGAGACGAAUUUACUCGGGAGGGGCGGGUUCGGGUCAGUUUACCGGGUUUCGCUCGACGACGGGUCGUCCGUGGCAGUCAAGGUGUUCGACCUGCGCGCGGAGGGGGCAGACAGGAGCUUCGACACGGAGAGCGAGAUACUGAGCACCAUACGCCACAGGAACUUGGUCCCCGUGAUCGGGUGUUGCACCAACACGGAGUUCCGUGCGCUGAUUCUAAGGUACAUGCCUAAUGGGAGUCUCGAAAAGUGGCUGCACACAGACAAGUGCGGCUACUUUUUGGAUCUCGAACAGAGGCUGAGAGUCGCCACAGAUGUAGCGCUGGCGUUGGAGUAUCUCCACCACGGCCACACGUUUCCGGUUAUUCAUUGCGACGUGAAGCCGAGCAAUGUGUUGCUGGACGAGGAUAUGACGGCACAUCUCGGGGAUUUCGGGAUUUCCAAGCUUUUAAACGAGGGAUUAACGGUGGUUGUUACUAAGACGCUGGCCACAAUCGGCUACGCAGCACCAGAAUACGGGUCAGAAGGGAAGGUAUCGACAAGUGGGGAUGUUUACAGCUACGGGAUACUAUUGUUGGAGAUGUUCACGGGCAGGAGGCCAACCGACGAGAUAUUUGGCGAGGAGAUGAGCUUGCGCGAGUGGGUCAGCCGAGCAUUGAUGCAUGGGAACCUGUCGAGUGAGGUCCUGAGCCCGAGUCUAUUGUCGGUAGAUGACCCAAUUUUCCCGGUGCACGAGCAGUGCGUGUCUUCUGUUUUCGAGCUGGCUUUGAAAUGUUCGACUGCCUCGGUUGCUGGGAGGAUCGACAUGGUACAGGUGGUAGCGGCUCUGCAUAACAUCAGGGCCAAACUUACGACCCGUGUGAGGCGAUGA